CACUGUUCGGUUAACUCGCAUUCCUCUGUCAAUAUUAGCGCUAUAGCCACUGCUGGGUGUGGGCGAUACUGCGCCCCGCCACCGGAGCCUAAAACUAGCACCCUGAAUUUCUCAUCGUUCAAAUCAAGCUUUACUUCUAAUGUUAAUUUCCUGAAGAGAAGAUUUAGCUCGGGAGACUUGUCUUCCGAGCAUGACGAUGUCGAUCCCAGUCAACUGCCGCCUGCUGCGCGACCCAUUCAGGAUCAGCCAACGAAGCCGCCAAUCAGCAGUAGCGGCCCACCGAAUAUGCCACCACCACCAGCGCCGGGUGUGCCAGCAGCUGGUGCAGCUGGUGCACCCGGUGCCGCUGGUGGCCCGGAAUUGUCGUUGAGUUUCGGUGGUGGCAAAACAGCAGCACCAGCACCACCGCGUGGCGUUAGCGCGCCCACCAGCCCAGCGAAGUCGCGUGAAAGUUUGCUACAACGCGUGCAGAGUUUGACGGGCGCAGCGCGCGAUCAAGGCGCUUCCAUAUUGGGUGCUGCAGUGCAAAGUGCCACACGAGCGCCGACCUUCAACAAGGACAAGUACUUCACGUUGCUUGUACUCGACGACCAAAACACCGACUGGUCGAAGUACUUCCGCGGCAAGAGGCUGCAUGGUGACUUCGAUAUACGCGUGGAGCAGGCAGAAUUCCGGGAUAUUUCGCUCACCGCCAGCGCCGAAACUGGACCCAUCAUUUCCAUGGCCGUCUAUCGCGGCGGCACCAGGGUGGCACGCUCAUUCCGACCGGACUUUGUGCUGAUACGUCAACCACCACGCGACGGCUCCAAUGACUUUCGCUCGACUAUUAUUGGGCUGAAGUACGGCGGAGUGCCCAGCAUUAACUCGUUGCACUCAAUUUAUCAAUUUCAGGAUAAACCUUGGGUAUUUGCGCAUUUGUUGCAGUUACAACGUCGCUUGGGACGUGACGCCUUUCCUUUGAUUGAGCAAAACUUCUUUCCCAAUGCCAGGGAUUUGGUAAGUGAAUUGAGAAUUUUAUUACUAAAUGAUUUCAGUGUAAAAAAAACUCAAAUUUUGGAGUAUUUGUACAACUACGAAUGUGGCUUUAUUACAAUAAAUACAAAUAACAGUUAAUAAUAUAUAAUUAUGUACAUGCAUUUAAGCUCUAGGAAUGAAAAAACAAAA